AUGUUGACGUCCAUCAAACGUUAUCAUGACGAACAACAACGUGUACAGAAGAAAACUUUCACUAAUUGGGUCAAUGCAUGUUUGCAAAAGCUACCUGACCCAAUUCAUAUCAAUGAUCUUUUCAAAGAUAUUGGUGAUGGAACUACUCUUAUCCGUCUGCUUGAAGUAUUAUCAGGGGAAAAAUUGCAAAUUGAAAAUCCUCGUAUUAUUCAAAGAGCUCAUAAACUUAGUAAUGUUCGUAAUGCUUUAGAUUAUUUAGAAAAAACAUGUAAAAUAAAACUUGUAAAUAUCAAUCCUGCAGAUGUGGUCGACGGGAAACCAGCAAUUGUUUUAGGUCUUAUAUGGUCGAUUAUAUUAUUUUAUCAAAUUCAAGGUCAUCAGAAAGUUUUAAAAGACGCAUUGAAAUCUCGUCGUAAAAGUCUCUCAAAAUCAAUCGAUUCUGAUGCCACUGGAAAUGCUAGUAGUAAAUCUGAAGAGACCAGUUUAUCUGAACAAGUGGAUAGUACAAAAAGUGUAACCGGUUCCAGGACUCGACAAGCUUUAUUAACUUGGGUGGAACAGUCUUUUCGUUCUCAUAAAUCAACGUUGGAAAUUAGAGUUACAGACUUUGGUUCAUCUUGGCGUGAUGGUAAAGCAUUUUGUGCUUUGGUGCAUAACAUUAAUCCAAGUCUUAUUGAUAUGGGUGAAGUUAUGCAUCGAAAAAACCGUGAGAAUUUAGAAUUUGCUUUCAAUGUAGCUGAACAACGACUUGGUAUACCAAAAUUAUUAGAUCCUGAAGAUGUUGAUGUGGAUAAACCGGAUGAACGUUCAAUUAUAACAUAUGUAGCACAAUUUAUUCUAAUCGCUAGUUCACAUCCACCUAAGGGUAAUGAACAAACAGAAGCGGAAAAAGAACGUAUUCUACUAAUUACUAUUAAAGAGUUAAUUGCUCGAGUUCGACAUAAUCCAAUUGAAUCACAAGAUUUUCUCACUGAAUUUGAAAGUUUUCUUCAAGCUCAACUUGAACAUGAAAAUAUGGCUGCUUAUAUUCGUGAACUUGAUGAUAGAAAACGUCAAGGUUUAUUACUUGGCCUAAGACCAGAGGAAUUAGAACGUGCUGAAGCUGAAUGGAGUAGAGUAAAACCUGAACUUGAUGAAUGGCGUUGGCGUUUAGAUAAUGUUUUACCAGGUGAAUGGCGUCAAGUUGGUCAAUGGUUAUCAAAAUUAGAAAAAUGUCUAAUAACUGAUGCACUGAUAGCUUCACAACUUGGUCUGGAAUUAGCUCCAGAAGCGAAAAAUUUGACUCAUGAAGAGCGUGCAACACGACUUCAAAAUUGCUUAAAUGAACAUGAAGAUAUUUUUAAUAAUAUUGAAGAUUUAAAUCAUUUAAUUAAUAAACUAAGUGAAGAAAAUGAAAAAUUAAAUGAAAUUGCUCAAAAUGCUACAACUUCAGAUGUAUUAACUACAUUACCAACUCGUUUACCACAAAUUAUUGUUGAUUCAUUAAAAUCACGUUUUAUCACAGCUUAUUUAAAUGGUCAAUUAACUAAACGACGUUUAGAACGUUUAGUGUUACGUUGGAAUUUAACACAUAAAAUAACUAUAAUACGUGAACAUUUAAUUAAUUGGCAAACAAUUAAAUGUAAAGAAAAAUCUGAAGUAGAUUUACACAUCAAUGAAAUUAAAGAUUAUUUAUCGUCCAUGAAUAUACCUGAAGAUAUGGAUAAUGGCUUGAAUAAGCUUAAAGAAUUAGCAUUAGAACGUGAUGAUAUUGCGUGUCGAAUUGUUGAACAACGUGAAAAAUUGGAAGCCAAUGCAAAAUUACCAGGUCCUAUGGUAAAUCAACAGGCUUCCGUUAGUACCGGUGGUGGAGCAUUCAUUUUAACUGACUAUGCUGAAACUGAGAGAAAAGAAACUAAUUUCUUUUUAACUUCACUUAAUACACGUUGGAAAGAUACAUGGUCGGAUCUAUUGAAUAUACAAACACAUUUAGGUGAACUUUCUGUCAAAUGGGAUCAAUAUGAAACGGAAAAAUUACAUCUAAGCGAUUGGUUAAUAGGAGUGCGAAAACUACUUGCCGAUGAGAGUACAAGUGCUGAAGAACGUGAAAAAUUAUAUAACGAUUUGAAAGAAUGGCGUACACGUGUUUCAGCUUUAAAUGAUCUUGGACAUGAAUUAAUGCAUACCUGUGAUAUGACAACAUCAUCCUUUUUAGACAAUGAAUUGAAAAAUAUCAAUAAAAAUUGGACUGAAGUUACUACAGAAGUUAUCAAAUUUGUUGAUUUAGAUCAUGCUGAAGAAUUGAAAAAUCGUAAUUCUGAAGCCAUGCUUCGACUGAAUGCAUUCAUCAAAUCAACUGAACUUUUAUUGGUCUCUGAUUUUGUUCUACCAGAGACCACUGAUUUAGAUCAAGCUCAUGCGGCUACAGCUGAUUAUCGUCAACAAUUGGAAGAAGCACGUAAACAGUUACUUGAAAAAGCUCGAACUGAUUAUUUGGAAGCUUUAAAAACUGCUGAGGAACUAAUGACAGCUGCUAAAGCUGGUCAAGCAGAUAUGGAACAAGCUGAAGCUGUUAUGGCAGCGGUUCGUGCUGCUGGUGAAAAAUUAGAUCGAUUAGCUAAUCAAUCUGUUCAAGCAAGAUUAGAUGAAGUUGAAGCAGCAACUAAGAAAGCUGUGGAAUUAGCUCUUCAACUAGCUCCAAUUAAUGAUUGGGUACAAGAUAGUGAAGUUUCAGUGGAAAUAUUAAAUUCAGGAUCAAUUGAAACUAAUCUCGAUUUGACUAAUUUAACAACAGAAGAAGCUAUGUCAAAGUUGAAGGGUCAUUUCACAGCUUUAGAAGAGCAUGAAAAAGCUUUAAUUGAAGCUGAGAAACGAUUGAAUGACUUAAAAGAAUCUGGUCUACAGCAUAUUGAUAUUAGUCAGUUGGAAUUAGCUACUGCGGAAGCUCGUCGUAAAGUUGAAGCUAUGCGUACUGUAGCUAAAUGUUAUGAAACUGAGUUAGAUAGACGAAAAUCAGCUGAACAAUCAUUUUCAUAUGCUAUAAUAAAUAUAUCUGAUUGGUUAGACGAAGCAGAACGUCUUUUUCAGAUUGAUACAUCAUUUGAUUUUGAAGAACAAUUGCCUAAUACAGAAGUUAUUCAAGAUAAAUUAAUUGCAAGUGAAGAAUUUUUAAGAAAAACACAAACAGCUGGUCAAGCUUGUUUAAUUGAAUUGAAUAGAAGUUAUGAUAGAUUAGUAGAAUUAUUCUCAGGUAACGAAGAAGAUUUAGUUGAAAAUUCUGCUAAUCCAAUGAUUCAACCAGAUGAAGUUAGUAUGAAUAUAUUGUUGGAAGCAGCAAAUCAAGUGACUAAAUUUCGUGAUCGAUUUGAUGAGUUGAUGUCUAAAGCUACUCGACGUCAAUAUGAACUUAAAUAUGCUUUAUUAGAAGCUCGUCUACGUGAACAAUUAGAUAAUACUAAUAAAAUUUUAAAUGAUGAAGAAUUUCGAAUGACAUCUGGUGAACAUUUGGCUAGUAUAUUGUCUGAUCAUGAGUCUUCAUUUAAAAAUUCAGAAUUUUAUCAUAUUUGUGAAGAUAUACUGCAUGAAAUGCGUGAAUUAGAUGAACAAAUGUCUUGUUUAUUUCAAAAUGAUACAAAUUAUUAUAAUAAACGUACAACACAAUUACAACAAGAAUAUAAUUUAUUAAGUGAACGUGUUGGCAAAAUGGCUGUCAGAUUACGUAAUCUACCGGAACAAUGGGCUGAUUUUGAUGAUAAAUUAAAUCAUUUAUUAGAUUGGACAAAUGAAGUUGAAAAACUAUUUAAUCAUUUACAAAGUGAUCCAUCUAAUACAAAGAAUAAUGAUGAAAAAACUGCCAUUGAAUUAGCUUCACGUUAUCGUGCCAUGCUAUCGAGAUUUGAAGAAAUGACUGGUAUGGUGAAUGAACAAAAUGCAUUAGCUGAUAAAUUAAAUUUAAUGCUGGUUGAUUUAUCAUUAGACGGUGGUGUAUCAGCUGGAGAGUUAGCAACAAAACGAGCUGCCUUAACUGCUGCAUUAGGAGCAUUGAAAGAUUUAGGCAGUGAAAUGGAUUCUGUACUAACUCGAGCUCCAUUAAUAGCUGAAACAUUGGAAUUUCGUGCUAAUGCAGUAACAGAACGUAAAAAAGCAAUUGUUGUUCGUGAAGCAUUUGAACAAGCUGUACAAGAAGAUGCAGAAAUGUUACCAAAUGAUUUAGAAUCAAUUAAACGUAUAUUAGCUGAACGUGAAGCUAUGGUAGCUCGAUUAGCUGAAGAAAGAGAUGCUAGUUUAUUAGCUAUGAUUCAACAUGGAUUAAGUGUUAAAACUGAUGAAAUGUUAGAUUGGAUUGAACCAUCUAAAAAUGAAUUAAAAGCUACUUGGGCUGAAGUAGAUAAAGUUGCUGAAACUGGUUUAAAAUCUUUACGUCAAACUGCUGAAGCUUUUGAAGCAUUUGAAGAACAUAAACAACGUAUUACAAAUUUGUUAACUGGUACAAAACAUUUAAUUAAUGGUCAUGCAAGUGCAUCUACUACAGCCGCUUUUACUAUGGCAUUACUUGGUAAAGAUGGUACAAUUGAUAUUGAUAAUGUCACUAAUACAUUACAUAUUGAUAAUGAAACAAAAUUAUGGGCUGAUUCUUCAUUAGCAUCUGGUAUUGCUGGUGUUAUUGUAGCAAGUGUUGAAGAAGCAACUAAAGCUGGUCAAGAAGCUGUACGUGUUCAAACAGAUGCAAUCCUAGCACAAUUAGAUGCAUUAAACAAUGCAGAAUCCGAUUUAAAAGCCUUAAUCAAUGCUGCACAAACUAUGAAAAUGCGAUCCACACCAGAACGUGCUUCAGAAUUAGAUGCAACAAUAAAACAAUUAGAAAAUCAACUUAUUACAGCUAAACAAGAAUUAAAUGCUAAAUUAGCUAAUUUACGUGCAGCUAAUGGUAAAUGGGAAGUAUUUUAUACAAGUACACGUGAAGUUGACAAAUUACUUAAUAAUGCAGAAUUAAAUUUAUCCAAUAUAACCAGUGUACAACCAUUAGCUAAAGGUAAUUUAAAUAUUAAUGAAUUAGGUUCUGCUGAAUCAUCAGCUAAAGCUGCUGCCGCUGAAUUAGCAUUAUGGUAUGCAUCAGUAAAUAAUUAUUUAAAAGAUUUACAAUUAUCUGAACAACGUCUAUUAUCAUUAAAUGUUAUAUUUAAAGAAUUAACACAUUUCUCACCAUUAGAUACUACUGAAAUGAAUACUGAUAGUGAUAAUAAUUUAUCUGAAUCAUUAAUCAUUAGUUCAGAAAUAUCUAAAGCACAAAAUAAAAUUCUUAGUUUAUAUCGAAGACAAAAAGCAUUACAAAUGGCAUUUAAUCAACAUUCACAAUCAUUAAAUAAAUUAAAAGAUUAUUUAACACAAUAUCUUAAUCUUGUACCAAAUAUUGAUAAAUAUUUAAUAGAAAUUGAAAAUACUACUAAAAUAUUAUCAUCAACCAAUUCAUUUAUUAAUUCAUUAGAUGAUUUAAUUAAUUUACGUAAUACACAUAAUACACGUCAAAUGAUACAUAAUACAAAAUAUACAGAAGAUCGUAAUCAAUUAUUAUGGUUAGCUAGUAAUUUAACUAGUUGGUCACAUUUAAAAGAAGCUAAUGAAGCGUUACAAUCACGUUGGGAAAGUGUUAACUAUUGGCUAAUUGAAGAAUCUCAAUAUUUAGAUGAUUUACACAAUAUGUGGACAGAAUGGAAUGAAGAAGCUGAUCAGUUUACAUUACAAAUAACUAAUAUAGAAAAAGAUGUAGAACAAGAAUUAAAUAAUAUCAUCAAUGAUAUAACUAACCAAAACUCUAAAGAGUCAUCUGAUCCAAUUAAUAAUAAUAAUACCAGUGACUUAGAUUCCAAAGUGAAUAAAGCUAGUGCAUAUCAAGAUCGUUUGUUUGAUGCUGAGUCUUAUUUGAAAGCGUUCAGUUUUAAAACAGAAAAAUUGUUAAAACGAAUUUUUGCACAAACUCAAAUACACUGCCGAACUUUGUUACCAGUAGAUACGGGGAAAAUAACAAAAUCUACUGAUCAAUUGUCAUCAUCAUUAACAGAAUCCACACUCAAUAACACUAAUAUCAGUUCACAAUUCACUAAUAUCGCUAUCAGUCCACAUAGUAUAGCAAUUAAAUAUCGAGAAUUAGAAGAACAUUUAAAAUGUGUACGAAUACAGUGUGAAAAAUUAAAUAAUGAAUUAGAAAAUCAACUAGAUGCACGUGAUCGUUUAUUUCGUGAUACAGAUAGACUAUUACAAUGGAUUAUGUCAGCGGAGAAACGUAUGACAAAGCUAACACGAAUUUGGGUAGCAGCAAGGCCACCAAUUACAACGAAUAAAACUUACGGUGUAUUACAUAAACCAUCUUCAAUUAUGAAACAACGAAGUGAUCAAAUUGAUUCUGAUAAACAACAACUAAUUGGUGUUGACUUAUCAGAAGCAUAUGAACAAUUAAAAACUUUACAAAUUGAAGCUAGUGGUCCACGAAUGAUUGCUUUAAAAGAAUUAGCUAAUCAAAUUGAAGGCGAAGAUGUUGAUUUAAAUGAUUUAUACAAUAAAAUGGGCAGUCGUCCAGGGAGUAAUCGACCUGGAAGUAAUCAUAGUAGACCUACUAGUGAUCGGUCACGUAGUCGACGUUCUGUUUCAUUUGAUUUAUUAGGUAAAGAAAAUAGUUUUGAUUCAACUACAAAUGAUGAAAUUAAUCGUCAAUUACAUGAACGUUUAAUUCGACUUUUAAGUAAAUUAAAUCGUCUUAUCAGUCAUCUUGAUCAACGUACAAUACUUUGUCGUUUAACUAUUGAAUAUGAAUAUUGUCGUCAAAAUUGGAUACAAGAGAUUAAUGCAUUGAAUUCACGUUUAAAAACAUUUGAAAAUAAUUCAGUUGUUGUAGAAUUAGACGUAGAUAAGAAGAAAAAACAGCCAUCCAAUAAAUCUAUUGAAGAUGAUAGGAAACCAUCUGUACAAGAAAAUGAAGACUCUAUAGGACAACAACAAAAACAACAUACUGAGGAAGAAAUCAAUAAGGAUGAAGUCAGUAUGGGAGAAAAUGUCACGGAAUCUACAAAUUUAACUCAUCAUGAUGAUGAUUCUAUUCAGACUACCACUAUUACUGCUACUACUGAUACUAGUAGUAAAGAACGAAUUACACCAAUUGACAUGCUUCAAUCUGCCACAGAUGACGCUGAACGUAUAUUAUUUCGUAAACAAACCAUACAAUCUGGUAUUGUCUAUCAAUCAGAAUAUAAAAAUUUAAAAGAUGAAAUUGAUAAAUUAAAACAGCUAAUAAAUAAUUGGCAAGUAACAUUAGAUUUUACACGACCAAAUAUCAAUGAAAAUGAAUUUUAUGAAACAUUGAAUGAUUCGAAUUUAGUUGGACCAAAAGACCUCGAUGUGGCUGUUGUUUCAGUUGGUCUUAUGUUUGUUACCAAUAUUGAUUCGAAUUGGUCAUUUAGUACUGGAUUCAGUACUGCUGCUUCAUCAAUGACAACCACAACGAGUACUUCAAUCAACAGCACCACUACCACCUCCACAACAACUACUUUAGGUGGUACCACUAUUACUUCAGAUCAGUCGACAAUAUUACAAUUAGAACCAUUUAGUUUUUUUAUAGAUAUUGCUAGAUUGUCUUCUGAAUGUGAUAAAUUACAUGGAAAAUUAAAAUCUAAUUUAUUACAUGUGAUUGGUGUAUGUGAAAAUUGGCAACAAUUAGUUGAAGCACGUGAUAGAUUAUUAGAACAAGUUAAAGAUUUACAAUAUCGUUCAUCAGGAGCUUGUUAUACAGUUAGUCAAUUAGGUGAUCCAUCGAAAACUGAUAAACCUAUUGGUAUACGUUUGACACGUUUAGGUAAACAGUUAUUAAAUUGGCAAGUUGAAUUAAAUUCGGCUGGCACUACCACAGACGAUGUGAACGCAUUACAAACUGAUGUUAAUAAUAAUAAUGAUAAUGAUAAUACUGAUAAAACUAAUUUACCAAGUGAAGCUGCCACUAUAAUUCAACGAUUAAAUGAUCUUCGACGGGCUGGUGAACGUAUUGUUGGAUUAAAUCCAGCCCGUGGUCCAAAUGUUGAUAGUUUAUACAAUACAACUGUACAAUCUAUACGUUUAUGUGCAAUUUAUUUAGGUGAAAUCGGUCGACAUAGUAUACUAUUAUUUGAAGCAUUAUCAAAACGUUCAGAAUGUUUACAUCAAUUGACAGAAUUUCUUGAUGAAGUUGAAAAACAAAGUGGUCUUGUUCCAGCUAGUGAACAUCAGACAGUUUUUGGUGAUACAAAUUCAACUGAACAAAAUCAAAUGACUAUAGUUGAUCAACAAAUUAAUAGUUCUGAUAAAAAUGUUAAACGACCAAUACCUGAAGAAAUUGCAUCACAAUUCACAAUGUUUGAAUGUAUGGAUCUAUGUAGAUUAUUAAGUGUGGAUAAUGCCAAAGAAGUAGAACAACAACUGAAACCAUGUCAAAUUUCAUUAGAUUCAUUAAUGAAUAAACAAAAUACAUAUUUUAUACAAUCAAAUCAGUCAUCUUCAUUAGCGUUGCAAACAUUUAAUGAAUUUCAAACAGAAAUAUGUAGAUAUAAUAAUAGUAAUAAUAAAAUGGCUGAUACAGAUGAAGAACAUAAAUUAUCCGAGAGACAAAUAAAAUCAGAUCCAUUUCGUGAUGUAAUAAUCAAUCGUUGGCAACGAUUACAUUUUCGUUUAGAAACUGUUAUACAGCAAUUAUAUAUUCGACGUAGUGCAUUCAUAUAUGUAGAAGAUGGUUUCAAACAAUUAGAACAUUGGCUUGAAACAAAUGAAUUAACAAUAGAAACAUGUAGUUCACAACUGGCAGCGAAUGCAGCGACUUCCGCUAUCCUCUCGCCAUUUAAUUUGCAUUCAGUAUUGCCAGCUGAUGACCAAUUAGAGUAUACUGAAAAUCCUCAAUUAAUUCUUGAUACAUUUAAUACAGAAGUUGUUUACUACUCAAAUUUAUUAAAUAGUAUAAAUGAUCGUAUCGAAGCUGAUUUAGGAGAUCGUGUAUUAUUGAAAAAAACAUUGGAUAAUUUAGAAUGGCGUUUACAUAAAUUACAAAAAUCUUCGGAUCAUUUAUUACAACAAUGGAAUGAAGAAUAUGAAAGAUGUGAACAGUUAAAAGUUGAUCUACAUCAAUUUAAUACACUUCUAGAAUCAAUUAAUAAAGAGUUAACAUGUUGUUUUGAUCCGAAUGUUUGUAAUGUAGAAGAUCUAAAUAGUUUGACGAUGAUACAAUAUAGUCCCACUGAUAUACAAAGUAUUAAUAUACAAGCAAAUAAUUAUUUAUUACAAUUAUGCAAAGCACAGUGUAUUCGUCAUCGUCUUGCACGAUUACGCGAUCGUUCAUUAUGGUUACAUGAUAGAGCUCAUUUAUUAGCCAUUGGACCAAGUCGUUAUCACCAUCGUUCUAUUCAGCCAUUGAAAAUAAUGCAACAAGAAGCAAAUUUAUCCAUCAAUAAUGAGAAUAAAUCUACUGAGCUAUUUACUGCAUCUAUUCUAUUAGAAAGUGAAUCAGUCUCUUUAAAUCAUCGUUUAUUAGGUUUAAUUGCAAAAUCUACAAAGUCUGUGCAUAUUUUACAUUCAAAAAUUAAUCAUAUCUUUUUUGAUGCUAUACAAAAUUUUCAUAAUUGGUUUGAUGAUUUACAUUCAAGAAUGAAUGAAAUUCAUUCAGCUACACUUUCAACACAUAUGAUAAUAAAACCAAAUGAUUCAAAGCAACUAUCGACUGAUACAAAUCAGUCAGUGGGAAUUUUAUCCGUAGAUGUAUUGUCAUCUAAUUUGAAUACAAUUCGUGCAACUGUAGAUGAUUUAACUAGGAAAGUUCAAUGUGAAUCUAAACUUGACAUUUUAAAAGAAUUAGCUAAAAUAAUGCUACGUUCACACUAUAUAGACAUUGAGCCUAGUUUAUCUGAUCAUAUAAAAGAUGAUGAGGUUGACGAUGCUGACGCUCAAGUGAAGAAUGAAAAACAGCCAUCAGUUGAUAGCAUACAAACAUCAUUGAUAACAGCUGAAUCUCUUUUACAGUCUGUCGAAGAUAAAGUUGAACAAUUUACUAAAGUAGUAGACACAACUGAAAAUAAUCCACCUUCAUCAUCGUCAUUACCAAUAUCAUUAUUACUAACAAAACUCAAUUCCUCUGAUGUUUCUUCCAUCUUUAUGGAAUCUGAUAACUCAAUAAGUCAAUUGAUUCGAUUAUGGGACAGUCAAUUAACCAAUAUGUAUAGUGAAUUGAAACAGAUCGAGUUGAAACUUGAUACGGCACAAAAAGUUGCUAUACAAUCGAAAGAAUAUGAAAUUAAAUUAUCCGAAAAUAUGAUUAUUUAUGAAAAACAAUUUAAACAAAUUAUUAUAUGGCAACAAUCAAUUAGAAUUGAAUCGUGUAAAAGUCGUCUUAAUGAAUUACAAGAUUUACUUGUUCAAUUGAAUGGGUAUGGUAUUGAAUUAAAGCAAGCUCAUGAAACAUUUAAUCAGUUAGUUAAACUAAGUACUCUGUCAUUGUUUCAUGAGCUCAAUAAUAAAACAACUGAUUCUAUUCAUCAAAAUGAUGAUCCUGAUAAAUUAAAUGAAAAAUCAAUUUAUAAAUCUAUUGUACUAACGGAAAUUGAGUCUCGAUUAAAUACUUUACAAUCAUGUUUGGAAAAAGCUAGUCAACAUACUAUGGAGUUGACUACUGCCUUAGAAACUCAACAACGUACAUGCAAUGAUGCAAAUAAUUGGGUUGAAAAUGUUACAAAUCAACUUCAUCACAUUAUUAAAGAAAGACAAGAAACACCUUCAAAUCGUGACACUGCUCGAAAAUAUCUUGAUUUAAUACAUAAUCUCAAUGAAAUAUCUAACGAUGGACGUGCAAAAAUACAAAUAGCUCAAAAUGCCAUUGAAGUUGCAUGUAGUUUGAUUUUAACAUCAGAAUCGUUCUACAAUAAAAUUAAAAAUAAUUAUAAUCUACCAACUAAAAUGGAACAAUCAAUCAAUAAUGAUCAGACAAAAUUGGAUGAAUCAAAAUCAGUAGAAUCACUUGCAGAGAAAUUCUUAUCAUUUCAUUCUAUAUUUAUAUCAGAAUCCAAUGAUCAAUUAAUAAAUUACUCAUUUAUGUUAAAUGAUCGUUUCAAUGUUUAUUUAAAUGAACUCGGAACCGUUUUAAAUGAGAUACAACUUGACUUAAAUCAGUGGACAUCUUAUAUUGAUUCAAAAGUACGUUUAGAAAAAUGGUUGAACAUGGUGGAAUCUGAUUGGAAAGUGAAUCAAUUAACUGAUUCCGAUGAAGUCGGUGAUAAUUUAACAAACAAAAUGUACUUUGUUACCUUAUACAAACAACGAUUACAGGAUAUGGAGUCCCAUGAAAGUCUUCUAAACACUGUAAUUUGUUGUGGAAAUCAGUUUAAUCGAAGAAAUUCAGACAAUAUGAUUAGUACUACAACUAAUGAUAAUCAAGUAGUUCUUCCUACUGAAGAAAUUCAAAAUUUUCGAAAACGUUUUGAAUCACUUUGCAAUUUCGUAAAUACACGUUUAAAAUUACAUCAAAAUCGCUUAGAAAAAUAUAGAAAAUUUAUGGAACAUAAUCAAAAGUUUGAAGAAUGGCUUUCUAAUACAGAGACAAAACUUAAUUAUUUGAUAGAAGAUAUUGUUGGAAGAAUUGAACAUUUAAUUCCAGAAAAUGAAUCCUAUUCUAUUACAUCACAUAGUGAAUAUGACCCAGACUUAUCAAUAAAGACUCAAUUUAUUAAUAAAGAUAAUAAUCUAUCAAUAUACAUUGAAAAGAUUGAUAAAUUAUGGUUAUCUAUGAUGAAUAGUGCUGAAAGUCAAUUAGAUACAUUAAGUUCAUUAUUUCUAUCAAUUGAAAAAGAAGUAGAAAAUCCAGGAGAUUUUAAAAUAAAGAUCACCAACUUUAAAAAUCAUAUAUUUCUUAAUUUAAAACAAAAAAUUACUAAUUUUAUCCAAAAUUUAAAAGAAUAUCAACAUCAUACCGAGGAAUUUUUAACUCAACUAUCAAAAACACAAACUUAUAUAAAUAAUGAAGAAAAAAAGAUUAGUCAAUAUUCAACACGACAAUUAUGUCAUUCUAUGUCAGAUUCAAUGAUGUUACUAACUGGUGAUCAUAUGAUUAAUUUACCUGAUAAUCUAGAUGGUAAAUUAUUUUAUAUUCAAACAUUAAAACAAAUUUUAAAUAAUUUAAAUAAUUCAGAUUGUUCUAAUUUCAUUCAAUCAUUACAUAAUUCCCGUGAACAAUUGAUUUCAAUUAUGAAUAAAAUUAAACAAACAAGUUUAUCUGAUCAAAAUAUUUUGAUCACAAAUAAUGAUCAUUUAGAUAAACAUUUCAAUUACGUAACUGCUUAUUUGAAAAAAUUAAAAAAAUGUUGUGAAGACUUAAUACAAUAUUGGCAAUUAGCUGUAGAUAAUCAUUUAAAAUUUCAAGAAACAUGCCAAUCAUGUUCAAUGGAAUUUCAAAUAAUUAAAUCAGAUUUUAUUAAAGGUUGUCCAUUUAAUAAUGAAAUGGAAUUAACUAAUAUAAUAAGUAAUGAUAAUAAUCAUAAAAUAUCAUCGACAUCAAAACGGAAUAGAAUCGAUCAAAUUUAUAAUAAUUUUUUAGGAUGGUUAUCAAAUUUAAUGAAUAAACUUGAUCGAUUCAUUGUAAUAUCUUAUCAAUCUUGUAUAGAAUUAGCUCAGAUUACAUCAUUAACAACUAGUGUAAAAGGAUAUAAUAUAAUGAAUGAACAAUUAAUUGAAUUAAAAAAAUCAGCUGAUCAAUUAUCAACUGACUUUAUGGAAUUAUAUCAUCAAAUUGAAUUAACAAUGAUUGAACAUAUAAAAAUGGAUCAAGAGAAAUAUGAAUUAAAAAAUUGGUUAAAUGAAUAUGAACAAAAAUUAAUUGAAUUGAAUAAACCAUUAGAAGUGGUUUUAUCAUUUGAUAAUAUCAUUUCAUCAUUAUCAACAACAUCGUCGGAAUCUUUGAGAUCAUCUUCAAUUUCAUUAAAUGCAAUUUUAUCAUCAUGGUCUAUGUUAAUGAAUGAAAGACAAUUGAAUUUACAAAAUUUACGACGAGUAUUCCAGAAUCUAUCUUCACGUAGUCAACAUUUAAGAUCAUUUGAAGAACGUCAAUCUUUAGUUCUUUCAAAUUAUAAAACUUACAUAGUUGAUCGUGUAAAUCAAUCAAUCGUUUCUGAUGACAUAAAACAAAUGAUUUCUAAUGUAUCAAAUAGUGAAUUGGACACAGAUUAUACCAAUUUGAUAAAUUUUAACAAAGAGUUGAUAAGUAAAUCUGAAAAAGUCACUAAUCAGGACACUAAAUUUAAUGAUCUAGCUCAGUCAUUAUUAUCUGAGAUCAAUACACUCUCAGAUAAUCUUCGUAUUCUGGAAGAAGAUUUUUUCAAUAUGAAAUCUCAUAUUGUGAUGGAUAAUAAUAACAAUAAUAAUAAAUCAAUGGUCAAUUCACAAGAGUUGUUAUGGACACGUGAUCUAGUACAGUAUAAAAUCAAUGAAUUAAAUGAACAAACACGAGAUGUUUCCUUAAAGAAUAUCCAUGAAAAAUUGAACAUACUUGAAGAGAUGUUCAAUUGUUCAGUUAGUUUAAAUAAUCCAGAGAAAAAUUUGGCAAAUGAAUUAAUUAAUUCAAUCAAAAAUCAAUUGAAUAAAUUAACUGAAAGAAUUGAUCAACAGUCAGCUUUGUUAUCUUUGAUACUUGAUCAAAUGGAAGAUAUGUCCAAAAGAAUUGUUCAACAUAAAGAAUGGUUUUCUCACUUGGUAAACAAAGUAGAAUCAAUUGAAACUGAGUUACCUGUUGACUUAGAGUCUAAAAAGACAUUAUUAGUACAAUAUCAGGAUAUUUUAACUGAGACUACGGAACAUAUUUCAGAAAUAAAUGUAAUCUUAAAAGAUUGUUGCUGUAACACUGCGACAUCCUUUGUUUCUCAGAAAUCAGAGAAAAUAACUGAAGAAUCAACAGAUCUCAAUUUGAAUCUAUCAUCACAUCCAGUUAAAAUAUAUCCUGUUGAUGUUCAAUUAGUCAAAAAUUUAAAAUCACUUCAUUAUGAUAUGAAUCAAGCAUCGGAAAGAGUAAAUUUAAAUAUAACUCGAUGGAAGCGUGCUAUAACUCGACAUGAGAAUUUGAUUGAAUCUUUAAAAAAUCUUGAGAUAAUUCUAACCAAAUGUAUUACUAAUACUUUCUAUUGUGCUAAGCAUAUGUUGAAUUUAGAGAUUGACAUGAAUGAUGAGACUACACUACUUAAAUUUCCUGUAAGUAGUAUACUUUCCAAAUGUGUAUAUAUUAUACAAACAUAUAUCAAUACUGAUUUAGAUCAAGUCAAUAGAUUAUUAGAUGAGAUCAACUUAACUUAUGAUAGUGUCUUACAAGAUACAUGUCCAGAAAAUAUGAAUAUCAUUAAAUUACAAAUUAGAAAAGAUCAAAAUCAAUUUACAAAUUUAGAACAUAAAAUACAUACAUUACAAGCCUAUUUAACUAAUCUCACUGAUCGUAUUGACUUAUUCACAUCCAUUGAUAAUCAUUUAAAUGAACGAAUUUCCAAUCUUUCUAAUCGUCUUCAAUCUGAAUGUAUCAAUUUAUGUUCAACUCAAAUUCAAGAAAUUAAAAGAUACGCUAAUAUUUGGCAUGGAAUUUAUGAAAAAUUUAAACAAAUUCAUCAAGAUUAUAUAAAUGAAAUGAUGCCUUUAAUUAAAGAAUUUCAAUAUUUAAAAGUUGAACAUUUACAAUUUUUGGAAUUAUAUAAAAAAAAUUUUUCAUUUGAAUUUACAAAUGAAAAUCAUUAUUUAUUGGAACAAUUACCUGUCAUUGAAUCAAUCACAAUUCAAUCUAUUUAUGAAGAACGAAAUGAUAAACUUCUAGAGAUUAUUGAAUUUAUUAGUGCGGUCAUCAAAUCAAUCGAUUCAAUCAGUUCCACGUGGUCUAAAUCCGAACGAAAAUUCAUUCAUUGUCGCUCUUGGAUUAAUGGACUAACAAAAAAAUUCAUGCAAAUUUCUCAAACCAACUUGAAAACUGAUAUUACUACUACACCUAACAUUUCAGAUGUUAUAGAAAAAGGAGGGGAAGUAGUAGUAACUGAAGCCAGUAACCAGUCAUCAGCAGUAUCGCCUUCUGAUCAUAUUUUAAAUCAAUUAGAUCAAUAUACAGCACAAAAUCGUUUAUCACUUCUAAAGGAAUUUCAAACAGAACUGAAUCAAAAUAAUCUAUAUUUUGAUGAAUAUCGUAAUGAAUUGUGCAAUGUUCAAUCAUUAGAGUCAACGAUCAACUGUUUAUAUGAUAUAUUCAAGCAAUUUGAUGUUGACACUAAUGAUGAUUUAAAAUUGAAUCAUUCUAAUUUAAUAAAUAAAUUAAACAAAGAACUUGAACAGUUUCAAAUGAGUUGGGAACAAUUACAAACUGAAGUGAAUACUACAUAUCAAACGAUGUAUCAACGUUUAGAACAAAUGGAACUCUUUAAUUGUAGACAAUUAUCUCUACGUAAACUACUCACAGAAAUUGAACAAAAAGCUUGUCUAGGACCUUGUUCAACUACUAGUGUAAUGGAUUUUAAUGAAUUAGAAAAAGAUACAAUGAAUUGUUUAAAUGAACAAUAUGGUGAUGAAGUUGAUAACAAUGAUCAUCAAGGUGAAAAUAGUUAUGUUGUCAUUUUUGACAAACUUAUGAUUGCUCAGCAAAGUAUUGUGGAUUGGUGGGAGACUUUUGUUCAACAAAUUGAAGAAGAAAUUCCUAAAAUCAAAGAUGAGUUGAAAACUAUUAACAGUAUUGUCUUUCCCACUCCCACUGGAUUAUUGAAUCAAGUAUUACAUGUGGAAGAAAUCUUAGCUAAAGGUCAUGAAAUCCUAAACAUAAACAAAGAAGGUAUAACUGGUUUAAAUGAUGUAAUUGAAGCUUGGAAGAAUUGGCAACAUUGGUGGUUUGUUGAUAGUGAAGCAAAUAAUAUACUUAAUGAUCAUGGUGGACUAUCUAAUAUUGUUAAUAAUAUCAAUCCAUUUAAUAUGGAUGGUUAUUUAGAUAAUAAUGAAUUCAUUAAUUUACAAAUCAAAUUAGAUCAACUUAAUAAAUUAGGUGAAUCUAAAGGUAAAUUAAAAUUAAUUGAUUUAAUGAAUAAAUCAAAUAAUCUUCAAUUAAUAAAUGAACAACAAAGAAAGAAUUUUAUGACAUUUAUGAUUUUAUCAUCCAGUCAACAACAACAAGGACAACAACAACAACUACAACCGUCUUCAUCAUCAUCCUCUAUAACAGUAACAUCAAUUCAACAACGUCAAAUACCAUUAAAUUUAAGUAUUUUAUUAAUUCAAAAAUUAAUUCGUUUAUCUAAUUAUCAAUAUUCAUUGAUUUUUAAUGAUCAACUUCCUAUAAUUAUUGAUUAUUUAAAUCAAAAAAUUGAUUUAAUUAAUAAAUUUUUAAUAGAAUAUCAACAAUUUUCAGAUAUACUUAAUGAAAAUGAAAUAAAAUUACAAAAAUUAGAAAAAUUUUUAUUAUUAUGUAAUGAAAAUUCAAUGAAUAAUUUUAAAGAAAAUUCUUAUGAAAUAUUAAAAUUAUUAAAUAUUGAUUUUAAUGAAAUAACAUUAAAUGAUAUACAAUUAAAAUAUUCUUCAAAUAAAUCAAUAAUUUUAUCAAAUCAAUGGAAUGAAUCAAUAUUUAUUGAUUUUUUAAAUCAAUUUUCAAAAUCUAUUAAAUUAUUAAUGAAAUUAAUUCAAUCAAAUAGCGAAAAACUCUACUCUCUGGAAAAAUUAGCCUGUACGUUUGAAGUUUCAAUGACACAGAGAAAACAAAUAAAAACAUCGACAGAGACAACAACAGUGGUAACACAUGACAAUGAUCGUAGUGGACGAAAUCAAAUGAGAUUAAUUGAAUUAGAGAAUGUCACAACUCGUUAUUCAGAAUUAGUUAAACGUGUUCAAGUGGUUGUUAAACAAACAGAUUCUUGUAGAGAUUUAUUUAAUAAAUUAAUGUCUAAUGUUAGUUCGACUAGUGAAUGGAUCAAGCAAUUGGAGCAGAAUAUUUCAAAUUAUACCAAUCUCUCUGGAGAUAGAUAUGCAUUACAAACUAGACUUGAAUUAGUGAAAGAUUUAAACUUAUUAAACAAAGAAGCUAACGACCGUUUCACUGAUAUGAAUAAAUAUGCUAUGAAUUGCUUUCAACAAUAUAUACCUAAUAAUCAUGAGAGUUUGGAAUUAAUUGGAAUUACUGAUAGUGACAAAUCUCAACAAAUUUACGAGAGCUUUUUAACUAUACCUAUGUACUGUGUUAAACUGUAUAAAAUGUGGUUUGAUUGUCGUGAAAGAAUUGAAUUUAUCACUAAAUCCUUGUCAGAUUCCAUAGAGACAUGGCAGAUAUUUGAAGUAACAUGUGAUAAUUUACAAUUGACUUGUCGUCGUAUUGAAAAUUGGUUAAAAGAACAGUCUACUUGGCUUGUGGAUGAACCGGAACAAAUUACCAAGAAAUUGGAAUUACUACAACUUAUUAAUGAUAGGUUGGAGGUGAAAUUCAGCAUAGAUGCUCCCAAAUAUUGUGAAUCAUCUAGUAAGAGUCUGUCAACUUGUCGACAUGAACAACAACGAAUUUUAGAAUUGCUUGAUGAGUCAGCAUCACAAGUUGAUCUUCUAAAUUCUACUCUCAGACGUUUACCCAAUCACCAUAAUCAGCUUUGCCCUGAAGAUUCAGCAACUCUGGAUGAAAACAACUUCAGUAAUGUGCAUACAAUAACAACGGUAGAAUUGAAAACUGACUCUUAUGAUUUAGCUUUGAAUCGCAUAAAAAAUCUCAUAGUCACAUUUAAUUAUUUACAGAAAAUAACCAGAGAAACUUCAGAUCUUUGGAAUACUCGUUUAAAACUAUUCACAGAAUGGAAUUUUAAAAUACAAACUACAGAAACAAACUUAUCAAAGUUAUGUUUGCGUAUGGAGAAAAUUAAAGAACAAUUUAGUCCUAUUAGUGAAGAGUUAGAAAAGUCAGCAAUAAUUUCCGACGAAAAUGAUAACAGUGAAUCUUUUAAAACCAUUGAAGACAAUUUGAUGUUAGUAGAUGAUAUUAUGAAAGGGCGUGAAGUGAUCGGCGCUGAGUUUACUGAAUUACGCAGUCGUCUAUGUAGUUUAUCUACUUUCAUGAAUCGUAAUGGUCAUAAUGAUCGACAACAGAGAAUGGGAGAUCUACAACGUAAUUGGGAAGAAUUAGGUAAUAAUUUGUUGAAUUUACAAAGAAAUCUUGAACACAAAACCACAAUUUGGACAGACUUAAUCUUACAAGUGACAAAAAUAUUCAAUUGGUUUAAUGAAUUUAAUGAGCGUAUGAAAGUAUGGAAUGAAUCUUGUCCAUGGCUGUCGAUGAAUAUACCUACUGAACUUGCCGACAUUUUAUCACCAAAUACUUCGAAAGAUUCUUCAAAAACUUCAAUAAUUUUGAAUGAAUUCAAACGUCAUUCAAAGGAUACUAGUAAAUUUCUUACACAAUGUCAGUCUAAUAUGAAUUUAGCUCGCGCACAACAUUCAAAAUUAUUAUACUUUCAUUCAGAAUUAAAUAAUUCUAAGCGUCAGUGUACUGAAAUUCAAUCUGAUGCCUACAAUCAAUUGUGCAGCAUGAUGAAUGAAUCUAUUGAAACAAGUAACCAAAUUGAAAACCAUCUAGACAUUACAAUAUCAAUUGGGAACAAUUUCAAAACGAAAUUAAACCAAUUUACCAAGAACUUUGAGACCUGUUUGUCUUGUAUCAAUCAUAUCAAGACCGAAUUCGAUCAAUCUGUAAGUUCCAUACCAAAAUGUGAUCUAUUGAUGAAGUCUGAAGAAGAUAAUCGAGAAGUUCAAUCAUUAAUUAAAUCACGCUGUCUUAUUUUAAACAAUUUAAUUGAACAAAUCGGUGAUGCUAAACAGUUAAAUGAUUUAUUAAUUGAUACAUUGAGUGAAAAGGCGGAAGACGUGAAUAGCAAAGUUGCAGAAGAAAAUAGAAAUCCAGAUGAUCAUUACCAAAAGAAAGAUGGACAAAAUCUUAUUCAGAAUUUAGAAGAACUUUUAAAAGAAGCCGCUGAUCUUGACUCUUUUUAUCAUUUAGAUGAUAUUAAUAAAUCAUCGUCAAAUGAUGUACAACAUUAUGCCUAUUGUAUUGCAAGAUAUCUAAUUUAUGAAUCAAUACAAUUACGAGAAAUGGUAUCACAGAAAUUAAUUACAAUUACCAAUGAAACAGAAGAACAAUUAAAGCUAGAUUCUAUGUUAAAUUAUUUUGAGCAACAGUUGACGAAAUGUCAAGAUGAAUUGAAUCAAAUUGUAGUUAAUAUGUCAGUUUAUCGUUCAAAAUCAUUUGAUGAUAACGGCGAUACCGUCAUCACAUCAUUGAAAUCUUCAAGUUUAAAUGCUGACAAUUCUUCUGAUUUGUAUUGGUUUCAUUUGAGACAAUCAACAGAUAACUGUGAAAAUCGAAUAUAUCAAUUGGAUAAUUGUUUACAGUGUAUGAUUGAUAUAGGUAAAGAUGACCUAUUGACAAUUGAACAAAAUUUAAACAAUUAUUAUCAUCGAACCGGAAAGUUGGAUUUGAAAUUUUCGCAUCGUUUUAAUGAACUGAAAUCAAAAUAUGAAAUUAAUUUAAAUAAAAUUAAAAAAUUAAAAAAUCAAUUCAGUAAAGAAUUAGAAUCUUGGCGACAGUUUAUAACAAAUUUAGAAAAAGCUGAAAAUUGGUUAACUAUAAAUGAAUCACUUAGUAAAAAAGUACUUUAUGUUGUAACAACAGAUGAUAAAAAACAACUAGAUGGAGGAGACCAGCAAACAAUAACCGAGACUAUUCAUGAUAGUUGUAUCAAUCCAAAUAUGUCAGAACAAGAGAUUAAAGCAGCUAAUGAUAAAGAGAUACUUUCAAAACAAUUGACAAAUUUAGAACAAUUAGAAAUCGAUUUAAAAGAGCAUGGAAUUGAAUUAAGAGAACAAACUGAACAAUCAGCACGUUGUUUAUUAUUUAAUCUUAUUCCUAAUUCUAUGAAAUUAAUUAAAGAUAAACAGUCUAGGUCGAGUAAAAAAUCUGAAAUUAUUGAUUAUAUUAAUUUGGCUAUUGAAAAUCUACUUAAUCGUUAUAAUGAAUAUAAAAUCAGUUUACAAAUGAUACAUUCUAAUCUUAGUAAGAAAUAUUUAUGCUGGUCUAAAUUAGAUAGUAAUUUAGAACAGAUGAAUCGUUGGUUACAUACAAUUGAAUUACAAUUAAACACUAUGGAAAUGGAAACAAACUCAUUAUCUACCAUAUUGAUUAAUGAUAUAUCAGUGCAUAAAACAGAUGAAUAUUUUGCAGUACAUCAAUUAAAUGCAUGGUCUAAUUCAAAAUUAUGCAUUUUAACAAAUUUAAUGGAUGAAAUGCGUAGAUAUAGUGAAACAGAAUUAAUUCAAUUAAAAGAACUUGUACAUGCUCAAAACUCUAUUGAUGAAGUGUUUAAAGAAUAUUCCAAGGAUGGUAAUACUUCAGAUGAUGUAGUCAUUUCAUUAGGACAAAAUGCUUCUAAACGAUUGAAUAAUUUAUUUGAACAACAUCAUAAUUUAAAAAGUCGUUUAGAAUCUCUGAUUCAUUUGAAUCAUGUUAUUCUUAAUUUGUGCGAGAAAUUUGUUCGCAAACGAUGUGAAAUAUUUCAAUGGCUAAUUAGUCAACGUCGUGAACUAGAGUGUUUAAUAAAUCAAACUGAGACAUAUGGCUCACAAACUACUCUUCUUUCAUCAUCUCCUGUUUCAUUAAACGAUGAAGUUGCCAAAUUAUGCAAAUUAUUUCACAAAACUACUUGUGAUUUAGAAGCGUUUAAGAUAUCCGUUUCAGUAAAAUAUGAAGAAAGUCUAACUGAUGUUAUUAAACUUAUUGAAGAAUUAGGUCAAAUGACUCCGUUAAGAAUGGAACCAGCUGAAACGUACAUUAUUGACUUAAAAAGAGAUGUUACAGAAUUUUUCAAUCAAGUUACCGAUAAACUAGAACAUUUUCGUGUUUGGAAUGAUAAAUGGUCAAACUUUUCAAUUGAUUGUAGCUCUUUAACUCAAUGGAUGAGUGAACAAGAAUCAUUUAUCAUCUCAACAUUGAACUCUCAGUCUACCAUUGAAUUGGAAGAUUCUUCCUUCCAAAUUACUAGUUCCAACGUAGUUGAAAAAGAAUUGAAUCAAUUAACCAGUCAGCUUGAUCGUAACCGCCAACUCAGGAUCAUUUUGAUUGGGCAUCAACCGGCGAUGGAAUCAUUGGUUGUAAAAGCUCAAAGUUUAAUCAAGUCCAGAAUGUUCUCAAGUAGUGCGUAUUUGGGCGAUGAUGGCGAAUCCAAAGCGUCUGAUAAAUCUGUCAAGUCAUUGUUUACUAGUAAUAUGCCUGUUGGUAAUAUAGCAAUGAAUAUAGCCACAUAUAUAAUGCAAAGAUAUCAAACGUUGAUUAGUAUAUGUGAUAGUCGAUCUGAAACAUCUCAAACUGCACAAAAGAUGGUCGGACAAUUAUUGAAUUCAUGCAGAAAUUAUGAUCACUGGGCUUGUGAAUUUCGAAUCAAAUUGUCUGAUGUAGAUUUCAUGCUGAAUUCAUAUGAUUCUCACUCCAUUCCCUUACAUGAAUCAGAUAGAUAUUCAUCAAUUCGGUUGUCUGUAGUUGAUCUAGAAACUAGAAUUGAAUCAGGUGAUAGUUUUGUUCAACUUAUUAAAGACUGGACAGAUCGUUAUAUAACAGAAUUAUUAGUUCAGGUCAACCAGCGACGUUCAGAACUGGAAACUCUAGGCCGUUUAGCUAAGAUAAGCAAUGAAAAUUCCGAUCAUGACAAUCAGUUAUUGCACUGUAAUGGCAAACUGAAUAGUGUUUCAAGUUAUGCUGAAACGGAUUAUCAAGUACUUAAAGAGAUGGUUCGGUCAUUACGCAAUCGGUUUGAAAAAAUCAUCCAAAAUGUUAAUCAACGGAGUUUAUCACGAGAAAAGUUCACCUCAUGGAUCGAUACUACCGAAAGUCAAUUGGAUUUGAUUAAUAACCAUAUGAAUCUGUCUGGUUUGUCCAAGAUCAUUUUAGAAGCACCCAUGGAUGAUUUCGACAGAUUAAUAGAAAAGGUUAUAAAUUAUAUGCUUACCGCUUCAGAAUCAAUCACUCAGUUAACUGUAGACAUUAGAAAACAAAGCGCAGAGAUUAAGAAUUCAGACUAUACCGAUGAAAAUUUACAAAAUCGUUUUGAUCAGUUGACCGAAAAUAUUCAUUCAACUAAUCACGAUAUUUCAAGUUGUUUAAAAUUGCUUCAUCAGUUUCAAAUUGAAGUACAAAACUUCUCCAGUUGGAUAUCAGAUUGUGAAAAUAAAUUUAUUCGUCUAUCCGAUGGUGAUUCGAAUCAACUGGCAAUAUUCCUUCAGUCAAACAGUUCAACAAUGAUAGUGAAUGAUGGUGAUAAUGAUGCUGAACAAAUUUUGCAUCAACUAGAUAUUUCUUGUCGAAGUUCAAUAUGUCAGUUGACCGAAGCUAAACACAAGUUAUUGAUUAUGAAAGAAAUUAGCUCAUCUCUUGAGAAUCGAGGCCACCAGUUGAACAAACAGUUAAUUGAGUCUGGUGAACAGUUAACUAGUAAGUUGAAAAUUCUGGAAGAGUUUUCCAUGGGAGGAGUUCAAAUCAAGUCCGUUGGAGGGGUAGAUGUUCGGAGAUCAAUUAGCACAUUGGAAUCAUCGGAUCGUUUAAGUGGAAUCAUUCAAAAUUAUAUAGAUCAAUUACAAUGUCGUUUAAUCAGAUUAGACAAAAUUCAAACUGUUUUCACUAUCAAUUUAACUGAAUUAGCAGAUUGUUGGUCUGACUGGAAAAAUAGUUUCGAUAGAUUAAUUGAUUGGUUAAAUGGAACUGCUGCAAAUCUAAGGCGCCCAAUUUUUCAUUCACUCGAUUCUUUAUCAACUAAACAACAAUUGGCUAACAGUUUGAAGGCAUUUUAUCAAGAUUGUGUUGGAAAGAAGGCUGAUUUUGAUAUGUGCUUAUUAAAAGCUAAUCAUGUGAAAAGUUUGGCGUCAAGUUGUAAUCUACCUGAUCAAAGUGAACAAUUAUUUGAACAAUAUAGGAAUACAUUGGAUACAGCAUAUGCUGCGUUGCAACAAAUGCAAAAUUCAGUAGAAAUUCAUGAACAAUUCGAUCAAGUUGUAUCUCGCACUACUCAAUGGCUUGAAAGUUUGGCUUCAAAGCUGAAUAAUCUGUCUGCUAAUGACAAUACUAAUCGUGUUGGAUUAGAGCAAAAUUUACUGACUUGUCAAAAUCUUUCAGAUACUAUAACAUGUCAAUCAGAAACUUAUAUUUCUCAAUUAGUUGAAUUGGCUGAUCAAGUUUGUCGUACAACUGAUUCAAUGACAAAUAAAGAAAUAUUAGAUAAAGUCGAUGUAUUUCGUCAACUAAUUCGUCAAAAUAUACAACAAUUAACUGAUAUUCGAUUGAGCGUUGAAUUAAAAUUAAAUAUAAUAAAUGAUUGGGAAAAUAUAAAAUCUAUCAUUGUCAAUACUUUAAAUUCAAUAUCACAAACUAUACUAACAGUUUUAUUGGAAGAGAAGACAUCCAUUGAACAAAUUCAACCAAUGACAUCAACUGCGUUACUAACUAUAAAAGAAGAAAAUUUAAAAAAAUUUGAUAAUGUCAAGCAAGAACUGGAACCAGUUCAAUUUAAAAUUGAUGAAUUAAAGAAAUGUACAGAAAAAUAUAUCGAAUUUGAGCAUAAAUUAAAUGUUAUGCAACAAGUUAAUCAGCUAACUGAGAAAUAUUCUAAGGCGCAAAAGGAAGUUGAAAUCUGUUUAGUUAAAACCAGCAAAGAAUUACAAAAUCUUCGUAUAUUUCAUACAAAAAUUGAUGAAUCCAAAAAUUGGAUACUACAAAUAUCUUUAAAAUUAAUGGCUAUUCAUGCUACCGAUCCGGAUGGACCAAAAAGUGUUAUACGUUUAGGACAAGCAGAAAGUGAAUUACGUAAACGUCUCAUUACAUAUCGUGAAGAAAAUUUAAAGGAAUUAAAAUUAUUGAUUGCAAAUUGUCCAUCAGAAAAAGAUUUAAUUAUUGAAACAGAUCGUGUGAUACAAUCAUUAUUUCAAACACCUAGUGGUGUUUCGAUUACAGUUGCUGAACAAAUUAUGGAGAAUAUAAAUAGAAUAAGUGUUUCUAUUCAAUCAGAAAAAGUUGGAGAUAAAUGCGAACAGAAACACUUGUUAGUUAUAGAAGAUAACAAGAGUACUUCUAGUCAAAUACUUUCUGCAAAUGAUCACAAUACUGGUCAUUCCAAAACUUGGGCAGAAUUAUUCUCAUUAGAAGUUGUUCAAUUAGAGUCAAGUUGUGAAAAUUUAGAAGUUAUGUGUAAACGUAUCAAAGAUAGACUAAUGGAACAACAAAAACGGUGGGCUAAAUUUGUUUCACUUCUUAUCCGGAUCGAUAAAUUUUUACGCACAGAACUUCCUGAAUGGUGGUUGACAAAUUCGAAAAAAUUUAUCAAUAAUGCUAAUAGUACAGUGACUAUUAUUGAUGAUGACGCUGAUGAUAAUGAUAUGUGUAAUGUUGAUAAUGAUGAUAUUGAUGAUAGUGUAUCAAUCAAUGAUGAUAAAUCAAUUCAAUCUGAAACUUCAAAAGAAGUAGAAUUAGUAUUUUAUGAAGAAAAUGUACUACUUCAAAAAAAUGAACAACAAACUAAAAAGCCAAAAUCAUCAUCAGCAAUAAAUUCACCACCAACUAUACAAGAAUUAUUAGCUCAAAUAACAAAUGUUAAAGCUAUGCACGCUAAAAUACAAAUUUAUCUGCAAGAGUUGUCAGCUGUCAAGCAUCGAUGUUCAACACCUCCUCCUCGUCCAACCAUAUCUACAAGUUUGGCUUCAUUGAAUAACUAUUAUAAUCCAUCGACAUUAUUAACUGAACUAUUGGAUAAUAAUGAUAAUGAUAACAAUAAUAAUAAAACCAGUCAAAAUGUCAACUUUGCUCUCUCUAUUAAUGGGUUACUAACUAAUAAUACCACAUCCACUAAUUAUGAGUUAUCCAAUACGAAAGCACAAAUAUCUGAAGAGAAAAUGCAUGCUUUAAGUGGUUUGGAACUACGUCGAAGAGCCUCCCAUAUGAAUGAACAACUUGAAAACGAAUUAAAACAAUUAGAUAAAUAUAUUGAAAAUUUACAAGAUUUAAAAAUACGUUGGGAUCAACAAAAUUUAUGUGAAAUAGAAUUUCUUAAUUGGUUACACCAUAAACAAAUUGAAUUUGAUCAAAUUAUCCAUACACAGUCAUCAAAUCUAUUACAUAAUAAGAAAAUUUAUACUGAUUCAAAUUCUAAUAAUAAUUAUUCAUCACAAUUAUAUAAUUCCAUAGAUACAGUACGUUUAGAUAAUUUACUUAAUGAAUUAAAUUGUAAAAAAUCAAUUAUUAAACAAUUAAAAUAUCAAUCAAAAAUAUUGAUUAAUAAUAAUAAUAAUAAAACAAUCUAUUCCCAUAAUAUUCAAUUAAUUAUACAUGAUUAUAAAAUACUAAUGAAAAAGAUUCAAGAUCAUCUUAAUUAUCGUCGUUUACUUACAAAUGAAAUUUUAGAAGCAACUAAAUUAACUGAUCAAUUACAUACUGAUUUACAUGAAGUUGUUAAACGUUCAAUAGGUAUUGAUAAUGUACAAUGUUCAAUGGAUAAAGAACUGAAAAAAAUUGGAGAUUGUAUUGAUCAAGUCAGUUGUGUACAGAAAAAAUUACAAAAUGUAAAAAAUGUAGCCAACCAAUGUUUAUUGUAUGUGGAUUUAAGGACCCAACAACAUUUUCACAUGUAUAUUGAAUCUAAACAGAAAGAAGUGGACGACAUCUAUGAUGUACUUCAUACAAAAUUGGAUCAGUUCACUAUACAUUCAAUUUAUUCUAAUAUUUAUAUAAAACAAUUAAGCAGUACUUUAGAGAGAUUGUGUAUUAUACGUGAAGAACUAAUUAAACCUAUAACCAUUGAUCUAAUCAAUGAAAAUUCAAACAAUAUUAUUUCACUUAUUAAUAACCAUGAUUUAAAUACUUCAAAAAUUUAUCAACUUCGUGAAGAAGCUUUACAAUUAAUUACAAAUAUGUCUUCCAUUGAGUUAAAAUCAGUAAUUUUGAAAGAUCCAAAUCAUUAUAUCAAUUUAAUAAUUCAUAUAAAAUGGAAAUUUCUAGAAUUAAAUAAUCUAGAAUUAUAUCAUGAUCAUAUUCAAUCACUUAAUAAUCCAUUUAUUUUAUUCAUUUCAUCUUUAAUGAACAAUAGCAUAUUAGAUCCAUCAUUUCAACAACAAAAUCAUUGUCAUUUAAAGAAAAGUUUAACUUUUAAACGAAGAGAUUUUUUAAUACAAUAUGAUAUACAAUGUAAAUUAUUUUUUGAAAAAUUAAAUUUUAUAAAAGUACAAUUUGAAAUAAUUAAACAAAUGUUAUCAUAUUGUAUGAAACAAGAUAUUCAUAGUGAUUAUUUGAUAGAUUCCUAUUCAUUUCAAUCAUCAUUUAUGAAUGUUUAUACAUCUUUAAAUAAUAUGAAACAAUUUUUAAAAUCAUAUUUUAAACAAUUGAAAAAAAUCGAAUCAUUUAUCAAAGCUAUUGAAUACGACUCAAUCUUCUUAAUUUCAAUGACCAUACAACACGUACUUACAAACGAGUCAAAACAAUUGAUUAAUAAUGAACUAUGUAAUAUUUAUCAGAUGAUAAUAUCAAAUGUGAUUUAUUGUGAACGACAAAUUAAUUGUAUUGGAUAUCUAUUGAAUCGAGUUGAAUAUUUACUUAGGGAAUAUGAUUACUACUAUAAGUCAGUCAUUGAUAAGAUCUCAAACGAUUUCUAUUCAGUAAAACAAAUAAAAGAUUAUAUUGGAAUAUUGGAUGCUUUUCACUACUGGAUAAAUCAAGUAGAAGGUGAAUUUCAAGCUAUCAAACAAAGUGGUGAUACAUACACUUUGAUGGAUAUUUAUUAUACGAAAGAGAUGAAAAUUUAUAUGGAACCUUUAUAUGAAUCUCUUGUGAUGCAUUUGAAGCAAGUGAGGGACAUCAUAGUCAGUCGUUCAACCAAUCUACAUAGUCGUUUAACUGUACUAAAUCAACUAUCAUUUGAUUUUAUACAACAUUGGAAUUAUACACCUUCCAUUAAUCGUUACCGUACUCAAAGUUUAUGUUCUAAUAGAACUUCAAAAUGUCCUCCUGUAAAGAUAAGAUUUCGUAAAAGAUCCAACUCAUUAUCAUCAUUAAUAACAAGUUCCCAUUCUACUGAAAUUGUUACAGAUCAUCCAAUCAGUUUAACAUAUUUUUUAAGGAAGAAUAGUCUGUUACCGAAUUGUUCGUCGAGUUCCUUCAAGAAUAAGAAAAUGAUUAGAAACGAUGAUGCACUAAUUACUGAUAUAAUUCCUAAUUUUAAGCAUUCCAGGAAUUCCAUACAAUCAUCAAGCUCUGAAUCAACUUCAUCUACUUUAUGUUAUUCACAAAAUGAAGCAAAUAAUUCAAAUUUCGAAGAAAUAAGCACGCAAAUUAUCAAAGAAACAUUACCGGGAGUUAUCGAUUCAAAGAAUAAUUCACUUGAUAAAAUCAUGACAUCCCCUACAUCAAUCUGUUUUGACGAGGAUUUCAAUCUUACACAUGAUAAUAAUCAUGUUUUAAAAGAUUGGACAACUAAGAAAGAAAGAUUGAUAGAGAAAUUUUCAAGUUUUAUCCAGGAAUAUGAGAUUUGUAGUAAAAACAAUACAAUUAUUCAAACUGAAAACAAGUUGGAGGAUAGAUGUACUACACAGCUCCACUCCGAAGAUCACUAUUUUGGUUCAGUGAAGGAAACUUCUCAUGAGGAAAGUUUGUACGCUUCUGUCCCAUCAGAUUCACACAUAUCCAGUGACAUUGUUGCUUCAUCUUUAUCCUCAUGUAGUACAGAAAAAUGUGCCAGUUUUAUGUUGAAUGGCUGUUCACUGCAUACAUUGCUUUCAAAGUUGUAUAAUAAUUUACUACAGGCCACCAAGAGAUUUCAAUCGAGUCUUAUCAAUUUUAACAAAACCAAUUCAGACAGUGAGUUGAAUAUCUAUCAAAAUAUCUUAGAUGAUAAUAAUAAUAAUAAUGAUGAAACCCAGCUAUCUAUCUUGAAUCCACUUCAUUCUCCAUUGAUAAUCUAUUUAAAUCGUAUGCUAAAAUACUUCAAUACUGAAUCUGAUAAAAAUGAUUUAACUACUAUUGAACAAAAUGAACUAACAUUGAUAGAACAUAAUCUAACCAAUAUAUGGAAAUAUUUUAACGAAAUUAUUGUAAAUAUGAAAAUGAAUAGUAAACAGUUCAGUUUAGAUGAUGAUUUCAUGAAAUUGGUGGAUAAUAAUAUGGUAACUAUUUAUUUGGAAAAUACAUCCUCUAAUUUAUUUGAUCAAUUAAUCAUAUUAACUAAUGAAAUUUAUUUAUCAAUUAGAGAUUUAAAUAAAUAUUUGUCCAAAUUAUCCUCUUCUGAACAUCAACCAUUUCCAUUACCAAAUUUAUGGUGUACUCUAUUUAAAACAACAGAUUUAUUAUGUAUAGAAAUGAUGUAUUCACGUAUUUUAAUACUUAUUUUUUAUUUUGCUUACAAAUCAUUAUUAUUUAUUUAUGAUAUAUUAAGUGUGUAUAGUGUUAGUCGAAUGAAGAAUACAUUCAAAAAGAAUUCUAGGAAUCAUUUCAUGAAUGCUUCGAAUAACAAUAAUCUGAUGAUUCUAUUGAAUGAAUUUCAUAACUUACAACCUAUUUUAAAUCAAAUGAAUCCAUCUAAUUUAUAUCAAUUAAACAAUCAACAAUUUAAUGAAUUUUCAAUACAAUUUACUACUAUUUAUUUAUUAAAUAAAUAUAAUUCUAAUCAAUAUUCAAUAAAUUUAUUGAAUUUAUUAAAUUUAUUCUUUGAUUGUUUUAAUCAAUCAUAUAAUUUUCUAUUAAAUAUCAAUAAAACAAUACAAACUAAUGUUAAAUUAAAUUAUCCCAUUCAUGAUGAUGAGGAUAAUGAUAAUGAUGAUGUCAUAAUGUCUAAUAAUAAAUUGAAUAAUCUAAACAUCAUGAAUCCAUGUAGCUGUAUGAAAACAUCAGUCACUAAGAAUUUAUUAAAAACUUUACAAAUUUUCAAAUAUCUAUUCAUCACCAUUGAAUUGUUAAUUAAUACACCAGUAUUAACAAUGAAGGAAUUAGAAAAUAGAUAUAAUAAGAAUUCGGCGUUAUUUUCUCAGAUUUAUUCUUAUUGUUAUCGAUUACAUCUCCUGAACGAAUCCAACAACACGACAGAGGAUAACCAACCACUACAGUAUGAAGAAUGUAAAUCACAUAUUCAACAACAACAACAAAUUACAGAUCUUAUCAACCGAGGUUUGGAUUUAAAUCAAAAAUUAAUGAUAUGGACUGCAAACUGUCACAGUUUGCUAGAUCGAUGGAAACGAUUAAGCAUUCAAGUGGAUUGGUUCAAUGAACAUAUACAAAACUUAUGGGAUCGAUUACCAGAAACACCAAUGCCAAAUCCACCUCAAUUCAAAUUGGAUUACCUACUAUUGGAAACUGAUAACAAGAAUCAGUUUAUUAAUGAUAUAAAACUUAUAUCACCAAUUCAAGUAUCAUACAAUAUUUUAAUUUCUUCUAAUUCUUUAGAUGGAUUAUUAUAUUAUAAAAGUUGGAUAGAAAAUAUAUUUAAAUCUUUUAAAAAUUUAAUACCUAUAUGUGGAGCUAUUUUAUCUGAAGGUCAUUCAUUAACUAAUGAAUUACUUCAUUUAAACACUAUAAAUGUUCAUACAACAUCAUGGUCUUUUGAAUCUUUCAAUGAUAAUAAUAAUAAUCUAUAUUGGAAUAAAGAAUUUAAACUAUUUUGGGAUUUAAUCAUUGAAUGGAUUUAUAAUUUACUGAUUGAAUUUAAUCGCCAAAUUUUCUAUAUUCAAUUAAUAGAAAAUGAUUUAAAUGAUUUAAUAUCAUGGAUUCUAUUAAAAAAUAAUGAAUUUAAUGAUCAUAUAAAACAAUUUGAAAUUCAAUCAAAUCAAUAUUUCAAUAAUAAUUUAUAUCAAAUAAUAAAAAAAUUCAAUAAAAUUGAUUUAAUCAUUAAUGAUUUUUAUGUAAAUGAAAAAAUAAUUCAAUUAAACAAUUUAAAAUUGUACAUUGAACAAUUAAAUAAAAAUAAAAAAUCAUUUUAUCAUCAAAAUAAUUUAUAUUAUUCCCGUCUUAUUAAUUUAAGUCAAUGGAUUAUUAAAAUUUAUUAUAAUAAUCUUUUAACAUAUAAACAAAUUUUAUAUGAUUAUCAACAACUAAUAAUAAAAAAUAUUUUACAAUUAUCGAAUAAAAUAAAAAAUUCUUCAAUUAUUUUUGAUGUUUUUCAUUCUUUUCAAAAUUCAUUUCAUUUAUUAAUUAAAAGAUUUUAUAAUUAUGAUUUAAAAUUUAUUCAAUCUAAUAAUACUACUGAUAUCAUACUUUAUGUUAUAACUCAGAAUGUAUAUCGUCAAUUAGAAAUUCGUUUACCUAUUCUAUUAGAAUUAUAUAAUUUAGUACAACAACACCAACAACAACAAUUAUGGAUAAAUGAUAAAGAUGCUACCAUUAUUACUACUACUAGUAACAAUAAUAAUAAUAAUAAUAAGGUAAUUACUUAUUUAGAACAAAUUAAUCAAUGUAAAAAAUAUAUUGAAAUAUUGAAAACUAUUCAAAUAGAUUUAUUAAUGAAUGUUUAUAAAUAUCAACAAUUAAAAUUAUGUUCUGAUCAAUUAUUUAUUGAAAUUGAAGUGUUCAAUUUAAAAGAUCCUGAUAUGAUGAUGAUGUAUACAAAUGGAGAAAAGAAUUUUUUCUCAAAAUAUAUUUUUACUGAAUUAUUGAAUAUAAAAAAGACUGAUGAAUUUCUAAGAAAAAGUUUUAAUCUACGUUUAAUAUCAUUGAAGAAUAGAACUAAACAAUUUCUAUCCAUUUCAAAAUUAACACAAAUUCAUUCAUUAAAUAAAAUUAUUGAUUUUCAUAAAAUUUUUAUUCAUCCAAUGAAAACAAAUGAAGUAUUGAAUAAAAUUUUUAAAAAUUUAGAUUUUAUCAAUAAUCAAUUAUAUAAUAAUCAUAUUAUAGAUUAUUAUUAUUAUAUUAAUAAUAAUAAUCAAUUAUUAAUUUGUUUAAAAUCAAUAAUUAUUAAAAAUUUAAUAAAAUUUUAUCAAAUUUUAAAUCAAUUAAUUUAUUUAUAUGGAUAUGUCAAUUUUUUACAACAAAUCAAUGAAAAACUUAAUUUGAUCAUAAAUUCUUAUAAUUCUAAAUUGUCUGUUCAUGAUCAUGAUCAUCAUCUGCGGAUCACAUCUUUUAUGUUAAAUUUUCUAAAUGAAAUUGAAUUAUUAAAAAAAUAUUGGAUAUAUGAUAAUAAUAAUAAUAAUAAUAAUAAUAAUAAUGUUACUAUUCAAACUGAUCAGUCAAUUUUUCAACAAUUUAUAAAUUAUGGUCAAAUAAUAUUGAAUUUAUGUCAAUGUAAUGUGAAAUGUUUCAUUUGUGAAUAUAUACAGUUAUCCACAAAGUCAUUACUAAAGGAAUUUACUACAAUUCGUCUUACUGUAGUAGAAAAACUGGAACAGAUUUAUUCGAAUCUUCAAAUUCGUAUCAAUCAGUACGGAAAUUUUCAAACAUUUUUCAGGAGUAUUAUUCAUCAAUUAAAACAAUCCAAAGAUAUAUAUGAGACAAAUAUUAAAGAGUUGUUAAUUGAUAAUCAUUGUUUAUGUAGUUCAAAUUCAUAUAGUAAUAUUGUUGAGAAUACCACCUUCAACCUUAUCAAUCCUGAUUUUAAUCACAUACCACCUAGUUUAUCUUUAAUUAAACUAGCUAAAUCUGCUUGUCAACAUACUUUAUUAUCUAAUAUAAAAGAAUUUUCUACUAAAUCAAUUAAAGAAUCAACAUUUUCAAUAAAUAAAGAAAUUUCCAACUUAAUUAAAUUAACCAAUUUAUAUUUAUGUCGAAUAAAACAUCAACGUAUACAAUGGAUAAAUUCAAUAGAAUAUUUACAAUCAAUUCAAUUAUAUUCAACUGGUCUAUUAUCAUUUAAUGAAAACAAAUUAAAUCUUUAUAUUUCUCAAACUGACAAUAUCAUAAAUCUAAUGGAAACAAUUAAACGUACUAUAUCAAUUAAUUCAUUAAAUUUAUUACCAACUAAAUCAAUAAUGUCCAAUAUAAAAUUAGAAUACUUCAAUCAUUUCAUGAAGUAUUUCAUUGAAGAUAACAUGAUCAAUAAGAAGGGAAUGAACAACGAAGAUGAUUGUUAUAAUUGUGUAAAUUCAUAUUUAUUACAAAGAUUUAAUUUAUUAGAACGAAAUAUUAUUCAUUCAAUGAAGAGUUUAUUUGUAACAACUAAUGAACAUUCAUUCAAAUUCAAAUUAGAUGAUAUUAUCAAACAAUGUAUUGAUGUAAAUUUAUGGUAUAAUGAAUAUAUUCAACUAGAACCAUUAUUCAUUUAUGUUUCUACGCACACAUUUACUAUAAAAAGUUUUCAUCAGACAAUCUGUAGCCGAAUUAAUAAUGCUGAUAAUUUGCCAAACACUAUUUUGACAAGUGAUUGGCUUAUUCUUGGUAUUCGUUUGCAUCAGCUUAAAUCAGUGUUACAUAUCAUUAUGAAUCAAUGGAUACAUAUUGUAUCUUUGUGCAAUAAUGUUAAUGCUCUGUUAGACAACGCGGAAUUUUCAAAUGUUAUGAGUCAAAUAUAUCCACAGAAAUCCGGAUGUUCAAAUAUACAUCGGUCUUUACGGUCUUUUAAUUAUCAAGAGGCGAUAGACGAGUUGAAAAAGCAACAAAUAUUAUUAAACAGUCUAUUUGUUAACGAAGACACAAACUGUUCACAUGAUGUUGUUAGCGAUUUGGUGAGAACAUUUAAAAAUUCAUCAUCUCCAUCGUCUAUCGUUGCUGAUGAAGUGAAUGAUGGUAUCAUACAUAAUUGUCAUAUAACGAAUGAGAUAUUUCUUUCAUCUAAAUCACAAGUGUUAUGUACAAUAUGUCAUAGAAAUCCUUUAAUAGAUAAUAAUAUAAUUGAUGUAUCUUCCAUUAAUAUGUUAAUCAAUGAACAAGUAGAACACCUCAAAGCCUUAAAUCAAUACAAGGUUGAUGACGAAAAGAAUACAAUAAAUUUUGAACAAAAUCAAAUUUAUUUAACUACAUUACAACGUCGAAUAGAUAUGAUUUCAGAAUGGAUUAUACAUUUUAUAGACGAAACUGUACUGGCAUCAUCAUUCAAUGAUGAACUCCAAGAAAAUGCAGAGAUAUUUUUAGGUCAGUUAGUAAAAAUCGAAGAGUUACUUCAAAUUUGCCUCAAUGAAUAUGAAACUAUUAUUGCUCAUCAUGUUAAUGAUAUCAAUGUAAAAAUACAAUUAGACUUAUCAAUACUACUUAUAAAUUGUUUACAAGUAUAUAUUAAUCAGUUAACACAAAACAUUAAACAUGAAUGUGAAGAGAUUUUGACAUAUAUCAAGACUAAUGUAAAUUGUUUAAUUGAAAAAAUGAAAAUGAUGUUAUUAGUCGACGUUGACGAUAUUAUGUAUAUACAAUAUCCAUAUCAUGAAAUUAAUCAGAGAUGUACUUCACUGAACAGUCUUAAAUCAGUACAUUCAACUAAGUCUACAAAUAUUCAGGAAAUUCAGUUUAAAUUAUUGUAUAUGACAUGCAUUCAUAAUCAUUUGGUUAAUUUAUGUAAAGUAGUCAAUUGGACCAGCAUAAAUGCUAAUUCGGAUACAACAGUUUUAUUGCGUCAAUUUUGUUGUUCCUAUACUUAUUUAAAUCGAAUAAAUAAAUACAUUGAAUAUUACAAUAAUACUCAUCAAGAUGAAUCUACUGAUUCAAUAAAACUGAGGUCUAGUUUAACAUUAUCUGCCUUGGAUCCACUUCAGGAAGAGAUGAGACAGAAAAAUUGCAUUAAGGAUAUUAUUCCCGAAAAUGAUAUAAAGCCUGUGUCGCCAUCAUUAUUUCAAGCGGAGUCCGAUCACUCGUCAGCAACAACUGUGAGAUCAUUUAAUAACGAAAUUCAGUCGAAUGUUCCUGAUCAAAUAGGUUUGGCAAAGAAUUGUUUGAAAGAGAAACAUAGCAGCGUAAUAUCAAGAAAAUCAUCUGACUUAUUAAUCAAUGAGCCAUCACCAUCACUGUCAUCAUCAGCAUUAUUAUUGAUGGAUUCAAAGCAUAGACAGUUAGUCUCCAAAUCAUGCACUGCAAAGUCACCGGAUUAUUCGAUCGAUAAUGAUAACAUCACUUCAAAAAUAGUUAUUGAUGGUAAUAAAAGGAGUCCUGUUAAAUACAACCCCGUUCAUAAAUUAAGUUCACAUGCUUCAAGUGUUGUCACUAGAAAAUUUCAAUCGAAUUCUGAUGUGUAUGAUUUACUAUCUCAAGUUAAAAUGAGUCUAACUAAGGUGGAGCGUCACCUAUAUGAACUGGACACAUAUCAUCAUGAUGACGGUGAUGACGACGAUAGGAGUUUUCAUAAUGUUAAUCAAGUUGGAGAAUCAUUAUCACUAACUCAUCUGUCUACAUCUUGUGAUCAGUUGAAAAAAUUCCUCGGUCAAUUGAAUGCUUAUGGUUUUCGAAUAAAUUUUACGAAUUCUUCAUUGAAGUCAACUGUACCAAGUAGUAGUACAUCAGUUGUUACCACUGAUCAAGACGAAUUACUGAAUGAAUUGAAUAUUGUCUGGCGAAAACUAAUUGUAGGCACAAAGAAAUGGAUUUCAAAAUUACAAUAUAAAUUUGUUGAUAAUAAAAUUUUAAAUUAUUUAAUUAAUGAAUUUGAUAAACAUUUAAAAUAUACAAAAAAUCGUUUAGAUUAUUAUAUUCAACAUAUUAAUGAUAUAUUUCCUAUUAAAGAAGAAGAAAAUUUCAAUAUUGAAAAAAUAUUAAAUAUAUCAUCAGAAUCAAUUAUUAAAUCAUCAAAAAUUAUACCAUUAUUAUCUUCUACAUUGUCAUCAUCAUCAUCAUCUUCGUCGUCAUCUUUGUCGUCGACGUCGUCCUCGUCAUCGUUAUCUGAAUUAUUAUCAUGUAUUGAAUUAUUACAUAUUAUUAAAUUACGAUUAACUAAUUGGCUUGAUGAUAUAACUUUAUUAUUAAUGUUAAUAAAUGAUAAACAAAUGAAUUAUUCAUAUUCUAUGUUAGAUAAUAUAUUAUUACAAUCUAAUGAUAUAGAUGAUAUAGAUGUGAAUUCAUUAAAAAUUAAUCUGAUCAAACUUCAAAAUGAUUUUUUUAAUUUAUUUCAUUUCAAUAAAUAUUUAUAUUUAAAAUUUUAUCAAUUAUUAAUAUGGUUAAAUAAUAAAAUUUUAAAACAAAUUACAAUGGAAAAUCAAUAUAUUGAUUUAUCAGUAAUAAUUAAAAAUGAUCAUUCAAUGAAAUUUAAUUCUCAAUUGUAUCCUAUUGAUAAUAAUAAUAAUGAUGAUAAUAAUAAUAUUAAUUCACAAGGCUUUGAAUCUCAUCAUUUUUCAUUUAUCAAGGAAAACAAUCUUUCAAAUUUAUUGGAUAUAGAUAUGUAUUCAUCAAACCGCUAAACCAUAUUAUAUUAAUAUCAUUUUGAAAAAUAACGAUCUAUCAACUGUUGAAAGUACAAUACAAAAUGUAUAUAAUCACCAUGCUAAAUCUUUGACAAAAUUAUUUGAUCUGAAACAAAUAACUAAUUUACAGCUUUAUCCUGAUCCUGUUCUAAAUAUUCGUCAUCAUGAUAGUAAUGAACAGUCUAAUUUCAGUAAUAGUUUGACAGAAUCAUCAAACAAUAAAAUUAGACAAAUUCAACUUCAUUUCAAUCUAACAAAUUCAAUUCAAAGAUCGAUCACACAAAUUGAAACAACUAUUAUCAGUAAUUUCAGAAAUUCAUCAAAUUACAUUUAUAUCAUCAAGACUUCUUAUCAACCAAAUAAAAUAAACAUUAAAAAUACAUUAAAAAUAGUUUAUAAAAGAAAUAUUCAUUUAAACAAUGAAUUAUUUAUAAAUUCAUCAUUGAAUCAAAUAUCUACAACAUUGAAUAGAAAUAUUUGUGAAAUCAAUUAUACCAAUAAAUAUGAUGACAAUAAUGAUGUUUCUGAUCUUGAUUUGGAUGGUGAUGAUGAUGAUGAUCAUCAUCACCAUCAUCAUAAUUCAUUACAUCACUCCAUAUAUUCAAUGAAUACUGUAUUUAAAAACAACUAUAAUUACUGUAAAUUAUUUAUUCAAAAAAGAUUAUUACAUAAUAAUUUACCAUUUAUACAUAAUAAUAAUCAUAAACUUCAUUUAUUUCCUAUUUAUAGCUCACCUUCAACAUCACUGUCAUCAUCUUUUCCAUUGCUUAGUUCUAAUGUUCAUUAUUCUCAUUAUAAAAACAAAAGUAUUUUGUGUAGAACAACAUCAUACUUAUCUAAACGCUUAUUUAGUAGUAUAUUCAUAAAAUUCUUAUCAUAUUUUCUUUUCUUUUGUAUCAUAUUAUAUCUUAUUCAUUUUUUGAUAAAAUCUUCAUUUUCUAUACCAAACAAUUUGAUAACUAUACAUGAAGAAAAUUGUAAACAACAGACAUCUUCACAACUGUUAUAUUAUUCAUUAUUAUCAUGGAUUAAACAAAUAAGCGUGGAUGGUAUUGAUAAAUCACCAAAACAUAUUGACAUAUUUAAUGAAAAUCCAUUGAUUAGAACAUGGCCAGAGAAUGCACCACCGUUUUAAACUAAAAAUUAUACAAAAAGUGUUCAAUCACCUUGACAUAUGUAUAAAUGUUCAAUGAAGAUCACCAUAUAUAUAUAUAUAUAUAUAUAUAUAUAAUCGAUUGGAAGGUGAAAGAAAACAUUUCUCUUUUUUUUUAGUUUAUGAGAUUAUACUUCUCAUUUCUUCUUAUGUAUACAUAUAUGGAAAUAUAUGUGUUAAUAAAAAGACGUAAUCAGUGUAGAUUUGUUUUACUUUUCAUUCAAAACAUUUUCUGUUCAUUUUGAAAGAGUAUCGAAAUUUACAGUGUGUAUUUUAUCAAUUAUAUCGUAGUUGUACGGUAGUUUUUUUUUAAUCAAUUUCAUCAACUGCAUAGUAAUUUAUUCAAUAGUACUAUGCUUGAAGCAAUUACCAGAUUACUUAAAAAUCGGCGAACUGAAUGAAGGAUCAGCAAAACAAUGACGAGAUAGCUAAACUAUUCCAAUGAACCCUAUCCCCGCUAACUGUAGGGAGAGGUUCAGGUUCGUAUAAGCGAAAGUAUAUUCUACAGGCAGCUGGGAGCAUGAAUAACAACAAGCGCACCACUAAAACGUAUAUACACAGCGUAAAAAUCUCUUUAGGCAACGUCACAAUAUAGCAUAUUAAAAAAGGCAACCAACCAAUGACAUUUGACCCAUCUGAAGUAGUUCUCUUCAAUAGGUUAUCUCUUAUAAUAGCUUGUAAUGUGAAAUAU